AUGACAAUUGAAAGCUGGACUGAGAUCGUGAAGCAGAAGCAGGCCGAGGUCGCCACCCAGAUCCCACCAGCUUGGCGUCUGUCAGCCGAGUAUACGGAUAUCUCGCCGACCAAGUCCACCAAUGUGCUCGAUGUACCUCGCCAGUGUGGUCUCUUGUCGCCCAAGCAGAUGGAAAUUACGGAGAAGUAUGAUGCCACAGCUCUGCUUGAAAAGAUCCACCACCAGGAGUUAUCAGCCUACGAAGUGACCGAGGCCUUUUGCAUUCGCGCUGCCAUCGCCCAGCAGGUGACACAUUGUCUGACGGAAAUGUUUUUUAACCGUGCCCUUGAGCAUGCAAAGCAUCUGGACGAGGAAAUGCAGCGCACGGGAAACCCCAUCGGACCUUUGCAUGGCUUGCCAAUCAGUUUCAAGGAUUGUUUCAACAUCGAAGGUAUCCCCUCCUCGAUUGGGUUCACUUCCUUCAUCAAGAAUGGGCCUAUGCAAUCCAAUUCCGCCAUGGUUCAAAUCCUGCAGAAACUGGGGGCGGUUCCUUAUGUAAAGACGAACAUCCCACAGACGAUGAUGGCAGCAGACUCCCAUAACCAUGUUUUCGGGCGAACUCUUAACCCGCAUCGAUCCAAUCUAAAUGCGGGCGGAUCUUCGGGUGGAGAGGGCGCGCUCAUUGCGAUGAGAGGCUCCGUGUUGGGCAUUGGAACCGAUAUCGCAGGUUCGAUUCGAAUCCCUGCAAUCUGCAAUGGAACAUUUGCCUUGAAGCCUUCUGCUGAUCGCAUUCCGUACGGGGGGCAGACUAGCUCCGCGCGUGGUGGCCUGGCAGGAAUCAAAGCUUGCGCCGGUCCGUUGGCAACAUCAGUGAGAGACUUGGAGCUGUUGAUGCGCGUGGUGACGAAUGCAGAUCCCUGGCAAGCUGACUCCUCGGUAAUUUUUGCCCCAUGGCGCUCGGUAGCGCCGAAGUGCACGCUGCGAUUGGGGCUGAUCCAAGAGGAUCCCCAUUUUCCGCUGCAUCCUCCAGUUUUGCGGACCCUGACACAUGCUGCCGACAAGCUGCGAGCGGCGGGACAUGAAGUUGUGCCGCUGACCACCCCCUCCAUCCGGGACGCCUGCGCGUUGGCGUUUCGCAUGUUUUCCAUGGACCCUGCAAACACACCGUUCAAACAUAUUGCUGCUAGUGGGGAACCUGUCAUCCCGGCAUUGGCAUCAACGGCCUUGCCGCACGAGUACAUGCAGUACGAUCCCGCACCAAUGACACUCCAGGCGCUGUACGACUUGAAUGAAGAGCGACAGAAGUUCAAGGAGGCAUUCCGCUCACUAAUAGUGAAGGCUAACAUAGAUGCGAUUAUCAUGCCAGGCUACCAAGGGACUGCCCAGCCACAUGAUCUUUUUGGCUUUGUCCCCUAUACAGUCAUGUGGAAUGUAAUGGACUAUCCGGGAUGUAUCAUCCCAUAUGGCAAGGCCGAAAAAGGUCUCGAUGCGGCCUUUGCUCGUGAUGAUGUCGAGUAUAAGCCACCGUACACGGCGGAUGCGGUUGAAGGAGCUCCCUGCUGUGUGCAGGUUGUUGGGAGGAAUAUGCGUGAAGAGGAAUUGUUGGUAGUUGCAGCGACGGUUUCUAGGGUUCUCGCCGAAUGA